CUGUAGCUUCGAAGCCGUGUUUGUCAUUUGGAUUUCUGAACUAUUUAAUAUGGAUUUAUAUAUAUCAAUAUUACUAUUAUAUAUUUGUGCUAUUAUACAUAUUCAGAUAUCAAAUGCAAAUGAAGAAGUUAAUGAAUUCUUCAAAAGUGGUCACACCAAUAAUUGGGCAGUGUUAGUCUGUACAUCUAGAUUCUGGUUUAAUUAUCGUCAUGUAGCAAAUGUAUUGUCUAUAUAUCGAAGUGUCAAAAGAUUGGGAAUUCCUGAUAGUCAAAUUAUACUUAUGUUAGCAGAUGAUAUGGCUUGCAAUACUAGAAAUCCACGUCCAGCUACUAUCUAUAAUAAUGCUCAUCAUCAUAUAAAUGUUUAUGGAGAUGAUGUUGAAGUAGAUUAUAGAGGAUAUGAGGUAACAGUUGAAAAUUUUAUCAGAUUACUGACAGGACGUUUAUCACCAAGUACACCACGUUCUAAAAGAUUACUUUCAGAUGAACAUAGUAAUAUUUUGAUAUAUAUGACUGGACAUGGUGGUAAUGGAUUUUUAAAGUUUCAAGACUCAGAAGAAAUAACAAACGUUGAAUUAGCUGAUGCAUUUGAACAAAUGUGGCAGAAACGAAGAUAUCAUGAGAUAUUUUUCAUGGUUGAUACUUGUCAAGCUGAAUCAAUGUACCAGCGUUUCUAUUCACCUAAUAUCUUGGCAGUAGCCAGCAGUCGUGUUGGUGAGGAUUCAUUAUCUCAUCAUGGUGAUCAGACUAUAGGAGUGUAUGUCAUUGAUAGGUAUACAUAUUAUGCUUUGGAUUUCUUAGAAAAGGUUCAGCCUGAAGGAGAAAAGACCAUAGAACAAUUCUUACAAGUUUGUCCAAAACGUGUUUGCAUUUCAACUGUGACAUCACGUACAGAUCUUUUCAAACGAAGUCCCGAUAAAGUUCCUCUGACUGAUUUUUUUGGUAGUGUACGUAAAGUUGAGUUAACUCGUUCAACUCUUUCAUUACCUCCACUAAUAGCAAAAAACCUAACUAUUGAAAAGUCUCCAAAAAAGUUAUAUCAACAUAAUUAUAAAUAUGUACCUCAGUUUCCUGUUUAA